UUUUUUCCCCCUUCUUCCCGGACUCCACGCCACCUUUCCUUUUCGCUCCGUCUCCUCUUUCCUUUCCGGUGCGCCGCCGGUUUUGUUAUCCCGCGCCGCACCCCCGGCCCGCAGUAGAAGAGGCGAAGAAUAACAAGUAGGGAACACGUCGCCGUCUCUCCGCCAAUCAUGCCGUCGGCAUUCAAAACACCGCUGCUCCGCCGGAACACGAGUCUCGAAUUCCUCCUCCCUCUCCUCCAUCCGUUCGCCCCUUUCCCCUCCUUUCUCUUUAUCCCCACCUAAGAAACCAAGUUGGCUGCCCUUUUCCGGAAAGAUUCGCCGGGAAAAAUCGCGAUGAUGAGGACACCCCAGCCCCCUGAUUUGAUCAUGGCCGUACUUUCCGUGGACCUCUUGGUCCAGAUCCUGGACCGGCUGCCGGACUCCGGCGACCGGAAGUCUUUCCGCCUCGUCUCCCGCGGCUUCCUCAGCGCGGAGGCGCUCCACCGCCGCGCCCUCCGCGUCCUCCGCCGGGAGUUCCUCCCUUUCCUCCUCCGCCGCUACUUCGCCCUCGAAUCCCUGGACCUCUCCGCCUGCCCUGCCCUCGACGACACCGCCCUCGCCGCUGCCCUCCACACUGCCGGUGGCUGCCAGGGGCUGAAAGCGGUGUGCCUCGCUCGGGCCACCGGGAUCAGGUGGCGUGGGGUGGAGGUGCUGGUGGCGGCAUGCCCACGGCUGGAGGUGGUGGACCUCUCGCACUGCGUCGGCAUCGGGGACCGGGAAGCAGCGGCGCUGGCGGCCGCCGGUGGGCUGAGGGAGCUGAGGCUGGACAAGUGCCUUGGGAUCACGGACGUCGGGCUAGCGAAGCUGGCAGUGGGGUGCGCGGUGCUGGAGAGGCUCGGAAUCAAGUGGUGCAUGGAGAUCUCGGACCUGGGGAUCGAUCUCCUGUCGAAGAAGUGCCGGGAUCUCAAGGUGUUAGAUAUCUCUUAUCUCAAGGUGACGAAUUUUUGUCUUCAGUCGGUCUCCUGCCUUGAAAAGUUGGAAGAUCUGACAAUGGCUGGAUGUUCUCAGAUAAAUGAUGAAGGUCUGAGAUUUCUCAACAAUGGAAGCAACUCAUUGCGGAGCAUUGAUGUUUCACGAUGCAACAAUGUGAGCACAUGGGGCUUAGUCUCAGUCAUUGAAGGACACAAGUGCCUCCAAAAGAUUGUUGCUGGGGACUGCUUUCCUGAGUUAGUUCCACUCUUUCUCACCAAGUUGAGUGGUUUAAGGGAUACCUUGAAUGUAUUAAAACUCGAUGGUUUUCAAGUUUCGGCUACAAGUCUUCAGAUCAUUGGCGUCCACUGCAAGAACUUGGGGGAAAUUGGGCUUGGUAAAUGCAGGGGCAUGACAGAUGAAUGCAUUUCUGAGCUCGUAACAUACCGUGCUGAUUUAAGGACCAUUGAUCUCACAUGCUGCCACUCGCUCACAGACAAUGCCCUUGUUACAAUAGCAGAUCAUUGUAAAAAACUUACAUGCCUCCUGUUAGAGUCGUGCUCAUUAAUCACUGAGAAGGGUCUUGAUCACAUUGGAACUUGUUGCACCGAUCUCAAGAAGGUAGAUCUAACUGAUUGUGCUGUCAAUGAUACAGCAUUGAGGUGCUUGUCUCCAUGCUUAGAGCUAAUGGUGUUGAAGUUAGGUCUUUGUCCAAGCAUUUCUGAUAAAGGCCUUGUCCAUAUUGGAUCCAACUUCAGAAAGAUCCUAGAACUUGAUCUCUAUCGUUGCACUGGUAUUGCUGAUGGUGGAUUGGCUGCCAUAGCUGCUGGUUGCAAGAGUCUAAAGAAGUUAAAUGUGUGCUAUUGCGUACGGAUCACCGACCAAGGGCUGAAGCAUCUAAGUUUUUUGGAAGAGCUAUCGGACUUAGAGAUGAGAGGGCUGGUUCAUGUCACAAGUGCUGGUAUAACUGCAAUCGCCGUUGGUUGCAAGAGUCUAGUUGAGCUGGACAUGAAGCGCUGCUACUCUGUGGACGAUGCAGGCUUGUGGGCUCUUUCUCGAUGCUCAGAGAAGCUCAGACAGAUUAAUAUAUCAUACUGCCCGGUUACCGGCGUGGGUCUCUGCAAGCUUCUAGGGUCUCUAAGGUGCCUGCAGGAUGCGAAGCUGGUGCACCUUACAAGGGUGUCGGUUGAGGGGUAUGAGAUUGCACUGAGAGCUUCCUGGGAUAGGCUGAAGAAGCUGAAGUUGCUAAGUGGGUUGAGACAUUUUCUCUCCCCCGGGCUACUUCAGAUGCUGAGAGCUCGUGGAUGCAGGAUCCGGUGGGUGGACAAGCCUGAGAGUUUCUGCCUCCCUUUCAGCUUGCUUCUGUAAGAUAUUGCGUUUAGGAACAUGUCUUCGUUUGCAUGUGUGGUUCUUCUUUUGUUUGUUGAUGCCGUCCGCUAAAGGUGGUGCCUUUGUUCAGAGUUCAUUGGUCCUGGAUGCUUUUUGCCAUAGAUAGGACCCUGUGAGAGCCUAGUCAAAUACUUAAAUUUGUUGCAAAUCUGUGCUUAUGCCACCUUAUACUCUGAAAGAUGGUUGUUUUGAUAUCAGCUGGAGUUGGCUGUAUUCUUCUCAAA